AUGUGUCCACCAAUACUACCAGCGACAACAACUCUACCAUCAGUAGUAUCAGGCGAUGGCAUUUGUACAAAUGCCACAUGGAAUCUAAAUGGAAUCACUGUAGCUGGAGGAAAUGGAGCGGGCUUCGAAUUGAAUCAACUCAACUCUCCUCUUGGAUUAUUUAUGGAUAACGAUGCUGCCGUUUAUAUAGCGGAUACAUGGAACGAUCGAGUAGUCAAAUGGAUGCCUGGAGCAUCUGUCGGAAGUGUAGUGGCUGGUGGUAAUGGAGAAGGUAAUCAGAACAACCAGUUAUAUCGUGUGUCAAAAGUUGUCGUUAACAAGAAUGGAACAAUGUACAUUUGUGAUCGUGGUAACUUCCGAGUUCAGCGAUGGUUUAAAAAUGACGAACAAGGGGAAACAAUUAUUAAAAAUAUUUCAUGUUUGGGACUGGCAAUGGACAAUGAAGAAUCUCUGUAUGUUUCUGACGGUGAGAGAAAGCGUGUAAUCAAAUGGCCUAGUAAUGAUGUAGUUGCUGGUAAAAACAGUGAAGCAUCUGAGGAUGAUGAACUCUUGGAACCUGUCCAUAUAUUUGUUGAUCAAGAUCAAUCCGUUUUUGUGGCUGAUUUCCAAAGUGCUCGUGUAAUGAAAUGGUCAGUCGGUGCCAAAAAAGGUAUAGUUGUGGCUGGUGGUAAUGGGGAGGGGGAUGGUGCUAAUCAGUUGAAUGGAAUGAAAUAUUCAACAAUAAUGUUAAUCAUCAGGCUACCGUAG